AUGUCCGCCACAGGCGGCGGCGGCGGCGGCGGCAGCCGGCGCGCGUCCACGACCCGCGCCUCCCGCCGCGCCGCGCCGGAGCCCAACGAGAACGACGACCUCGCGGCCGCGCCCUCCUCGUCCUCCCCCUCCGCGGCCGGCCCGCCCUUCUCGCUGCCCCCGCGGUCGCCCCUCGCGGCCAUCGCUGACCCGGGCAGGAACCCGCGGUCCGCGCCGGGGACGCCCAAGUCGCUGGCGGGCACCCCCAGGGCCUGCGCGGCGGCGUCUGGGGCCAGGGAUCGGAGCUCCUCGAUUGGCGGGGCCGCGAAGAGGGUGUUUGAUCUGAGGGAUCUGGCGGGCACGGAGGUGCCCGUGGAGGUGCCUCAUUUUGAGCUCGAUGAGGACCCCGCCUUCUGGAUGGACCGCAAUGUACAGGUUUUGGUACGAUUAAGGCCAAUCAGUGCCGCCGAGAGCACCGCGUAUGGUCAAAAAAGAUGUUUGAUACAGGAUAGCUCAAAGACAUUGAGCUGGACAGGACACCCUGAAACGAUGUUCACGUUUGAUCAUGUCGCAUGUGAAACAAUAUCACAGGAAAAGCUGUUUAGGGUAGUUGGUCUACCAAUGGUGGAGAACUGCAUGUCUGGAUACAACGGCUGUUUGUUUGCCUAUGGCCAGACAGGGAGUGGCAAAACUUACACAAUGAUGGGAGAGCUUAGUAAGGAUGGCAAUGAACUUAGCAAUGAUUCUGGUUUGACGCCUCGUAUUUUCGAGUAUCUAUUCGCUCGGAUAAAGGAGGAAGAGGAAAGGCGAAGAGAGGACAAAUUGAAGUACAUCUGCAAAUGCUCUUUUCUGGAGAUAUACAAUGAGCAGAUAACUGAUCUACUUGAACCAUCAUCAACUAAUCUUCAGAUCCGUGAAGAUAUAAAGAAAGGUGUAUAUGUUGAGAACCUAAUGGAGUGUUAUGUGUCAUCUGUUAAAGAUGUUAUGUUGUUAUUAUUACAGGGGGUUGCAAAUAGGAAAAUGGCAGCUACAAAUAUGAAUAGUGAGAGCAGCCGUUCACAUAGCGUCUUCACUUGCGUCAUUGAGAGUCACUGGGAAAGGGAUUCAAUGACGCACCUCCGCUUUGGGCGUUUGAAUUUGGUUGAUCUUGCUGGUUCUGAGAGGCAGAAAAGCUCGGGCGCUGAAGGAGACCGCUUGAAAGAAGCUGCGAACAUUAACAGAUCCUUGUCAACUCUUGGGCUUGUUAUCAUGACUCUAGUGGAUGUCGCAAAUGGAAAAAGCCGCCAUGUGCCUUAUAGAGACUCAAGGCUUACAUUUCUCCUCCAGGAUUCCCUUGGAGGAAACUCUAAAACAACAAUUGUUGCCAACAUCAGCCCGUCUAUUUGUUCCUCCAAUGAGACACUGAGUACCUUGAAGUUUGCUCAGCGCGCGAAGUUGAUUCAAAACAAUGCAAAAGUAAAUGAAGAUGCUUCAGGUGAUGUUAUGGCUUUACAAAGGCAGAUAGAAGAAUUAAAGGAUCAAUUGACAUGCUUGAGGAAGCAGCAAAAUGCCCCUGGAUCGCCUAGCUUUCUCCUGCUAAAUUCAGGCUCUGAUAGAGAAUACAAUACUUUAGCUGAAGAUCAUCAAUCAAGCUGUGACCUGAGUCUUCUAAAGCAAAAGGUUAUCCAUCUGGAAGAUGUUCUUGUUGGGAGCCUUAGGAGAGAGAAACUAGCUGAGGUGGAUAUCAGGAAGCUGGAAGCUGAAAUAAAGCAUUUGAAUCGUCUGGUUGACCUGAAGGAAUCUGAUUCCCAACGCUUGAGAAUGAUGCUGAAACUUCGUGACGAAAAAUUAAAAAGAUUGCAUAUGUUAGCUGAUGAUCUAGUGCCAUCGGAUGGCUAUAUGGUUGAAGAAAAUGCUGCAAUGUCCCAAGAGAUUCAGCUACUGCAAAAACAAUUCGACGAAAAUCCUCAACUGACUCAGUUUGCUUUUGAAAACAAGAGAUUAAUCGAGCAAGUUAGAACGCUUCAGAACUUCCACAAGCAAGGGGAAAGAGAGAUGUUAUUAACGGAGAUAUCUCUUUUGCGUAAUCAUUUCCUUCAUAUUCUUGAGCAGAAGUAUGCAGCACCUCCUAGGAAUUUAGAAGCACAGGGUGACGAGAUUGUCAAGGAUCUAGACAAUUGCAGGAAGGAGCUGGAUGCAUGCUUAGAAAAUAAUGUUUUGCUUGCACGUGAAGUAAAUAAGCUGCGCUGUGAACUGAAACAAUACCAGAUGUCUAGCACGCACCAAGUUGCUCCAACGGCAGAGAAGAAUUGUGGGAUUCCAGAGAUCAGUCAGAUGCAACCCGAUCCAGUGGGAUGGAACUUUUCAUGUUUAACGCCCAAUGGUGCUGGAAUGACAACUAAUAUUACGGAAUCAGUUCAACUCAACCUUCCUUCAGAAAUUGCUAGUGGACACCAGGAAUCCUGUUCUCAUUUGUAUCACUUCGAUUCAGAAAGAUGUGAUUUGAAUGAUUCUACAAAAGUGCCAGAGUGUAGUGAUGAAGUGUCUCAGUGCUACACCUUGGCUGUUGGAUCUUCACAUAAUGUACUUGACAAAGACACUAUUCUUAGUGGACACGUAGAAGAUGAAGAGACAUUGCAAUUACAGCAGGAUGAGAUGGAUCAAAUACAUGAAAACGUACCAAAUAUGGGUAUAUGUUUGCAUGGUGAGACUUCAUUAUGUCAUCAAGAGACUGAAAUAAUGGGCUCAAGCAAACAGACGUUACAGGCCGAGUUGGCGCACAUUAAAAGCAUAAAUCAAGAGCUCAAAGAGAAGCUAGUUAUUAUGGCUGAAGAAAGUACCAGGCUUGCAGAGAUCAUUGUGGCCAAAGAUGUAGAAAUUGCCUCUUUAUCUGAGGAAUGGGAGGUUGCAAUAGUUGAUCUAACAAGCUUCUUGACAGAUGGCUGCAGAUCACUAGACGAUGCAUAUCAGAAUAUUGAUAAUAUGAUUAGUUCAUUUCCUUACAGCAAUAAUUCUGUCAGCGAACAUGUGGAGAAGGCUAUGAAAGUUAGCAUUGAAAAGGAAAAAAUAAUCUUCAGGCUUCAAAUUGAGCUAGAAGAUGCACAGCGAAUGGGCAGGGAAGUGAAAGAAAAGUUGCACAUCUUAAGAGGUGCAACACUUGCUAUCACUGAAGCUCAGCAAUUAUAUAAUGAUGAAAGUUCUCAGGAAGCACAAAGACGAGUAAACCAAAAGGAUUGCAAUGUGGAAAGGAAAAAUUGUGACUUGUCAGAAGCAGUAGAGCAUUCUCGUGAUGAACCUCUAUUCCUUGACAGCUUGAAUGACAUGAGUGCACAGCGGACUCAUAGUGAAGAUGGAUCAGCAGUUAAUAAAGCUAAUCCAGACUACCAGUCAAAGCUCGACGAUGUAUUAUGUCUCGUCGAGGAUAAGUCAAAUAAGGUUUUGGCCUUAUUUUCAAAUUUCGAGGAUGCUCAAGAAACCAUGAAAGAGGCCGACCUUAUGCUCUCGGCUUUGUUGAAGGCCAAUGAGGAGUUAAAGCUUGGCAGAGAUAAUUGCAGCCAAGCAGUAGAAUCUUUAUUGGCGGAGAAAAGUUCUCUGGUCAAUGAGUUGCAGGAGGUUGAAGCGUCAAGUUUUUGUACAGCACAGAGUUACAGCAAAUUAAAUCAGCAGAUGAAUGAAUGUACCAACGAGAUGACAAACAUUGCUACUCUAAUGAAGGGAUCUUUUCACCAUUUGCAAAGGAUUGCUACAAUUGAACUCUUUGAACUUUGCUCGGAAAUUAUUGAUAUUGGGCAGGACUUAAAGAGGUGGAUAAGUGAUUCAAGAUCUUAUCUGGUAAACAUUGAAUCACUUCUAAAAGAAAAAGGCAGUUCUUCAGUUCAGCAGCUCCAUCACCCUAAUGUGAAUCCUUAUACAUGCAUGUGUCAACAAGUUGAUUCAUGUGACCUGGGUGGCAGCAAUACUAUGUUUCUUCAUGAAACUCAAGCAAUUCCUGACAACUCUAGGAAGCAUAUUAUAUCUAUAACAGAUAUGGUGGAUGAAGGAAAGGACACGUCAUCCAUACAUGUAGUUCCAAUGGGCAGUGCUGCUGAACUGGAAGUUUUUGAUGCAGACAGUGCAUAUGAUAUGGCUGUUAUUAAGGACAUAAUUUUCAGUAUUGCUCAAAAGUGGGAUAUUUUGGUCAACAAAGUGUCCUGCAUUAAGAAUGCAGAGACAUAUCCAGGUGUUGCUUGCGAUGAACAAAGUUAUGCAAACCCUCUUGCUGCACUUGCAAGAUUAGAUAGUGAACAAAUACACUCAGCUGUUCCACAGCAAUGCAAGGAAAGCAUAUUUGAUCACUCAGGAGAGGAAGACAAUACUGCUCUUUUGAAUGAUGUUCAGUGUCUCAAGCAUCAUUUGGCGCAGUUAAUGAUUCCACUGUCUAAAUUUAUCAAUAAAGAAGACAUUAUGGGGGAUGGAACAGAAAAUGAGAAGCAGUUUGUUACUGUUCUGAAUAAGGUGCAAGAUAAUUUGAUUUUUGCUAUAGAUUUUUUUGGUUAUCUGUUACUAUCUGAUCAAGAAGGUUCUCAGAAUGCACCUUUGCUUAGCAGACUCCUUAAUGACAUUAGUAGUAUUGAGAAGAAAGCUUUGACACGUCAGAAAAUAUGCUUAUGGAAUGGUGAUUCUCAGGCUGGCCACAGUACAGAGUACGCAUCACUAAGAAGAGACUUUGACAGGAAAAGUGAUAUCGCUGAAGGAUUGUCUUUUGACUUAAAAUUAUUGCAAGAGUCUACCUCAUAUGCGAAGGACAUGAAAGAUAAAGCUGAUGAAGUGUCGAAUGCCCUUAGAAAGGUUCAACGAGAACUUGAGAUUAAAAAUUCUGAGACAGAAGACAUGUUGGCAAAACAGAAGACACUAGUGGAAGAACUGGCUGAAAAUGGUGCUGCACUCAUUAUUUUAAGAUCAGAGUUAGAGCAAUCUCAAGUUUCAUCAUCUGCGCUAUCGAAGGAGAACAAUGAUCUGAGAGUGAUGCUGGAAGAGGAAACUGUGAAGACCGGUGAAAUAGAAGCUCUGUUGGAAGACAAAGCUAAGGUCAUAGAGGGAUUGGAGAGUGAAAUUAUAUUGCUUAAUUCUUCUGAAGAGGGACGUCUUAGGUCAGAUAUUGAAGAACUAAGUAAUAAUAUCAAAAUGUUAUGUAAUGAAAAUGGAAAGCUCAAAGCAGAGAUACUCAAGUUAAAUGACAAGCUUGAGAUGUCAAUGGCUUUAGCUGAGGAGAAUGAAGCUGCUGCUAUUGAAGCUCGGCAAGCUGCAGAGAUAAGUAAAAUCUACGCGGAAGAGAAAGAUGAGGAGGUUACAAUUCUUGAACAUUCUGUUGGAGAACUUGAAUCUACAAUAACUGUUCUUGAGGAAGAGGUACGCAACCUUAAAGAGGAAGUAAGGAGCUACCAAGCGCACAAACAUUCCGAAGCUGAAUUUCAAGCAAUUGAAGAGAUGCUUACUGUAGAAAAUGCCUCAAAAUGUGAUGACAAUGUGGAACUGUGUCCAGGGAGAUGCCAACUAAAAAAGAGAUUGCGAGCUGAGAUUAUUGCACAUCAAGAUACUAGAAGGAAGGUUGAAGGACUCGUAAUGGAAGCAAAACGUAAAGAUGAGGAGAUAAGGCAGUGCAAAGAGCAUAUAGCUGAGCUGGUCCUGCAUUCAGAAGCACAAUCAUUGCUGUUUCAGGAGAAGUAUCAGGAAAUGGAGCACAUGGUUUCUAAACAGAACUUUGGUUCACAUGAAUCUAAUUCUGAGUCUGUCCAUACAAAAGUGGAAAAGCCUUCAGGGCGAACAAGAGGAUCUGGUUCACCUUUUAGGUGCAUAUCUAGCAUUGUUCAACAAAUGAACUCUGAGAAGGAUCAAGAAAUCUCUUUGGGCCGCCAGCGAAUUGAAGAACUUGAAGCGUUGCUUAGUGACAAACAGAAACAGAUAUGCUUGCUUACGUCAAGACUGGCAGCCGUGGAUAGCAUGACACAUGAUGUUAUAAGGGAGCUACUUGGCGUCAAAUUAGACAUGACAAACUAUGCUAAUUUGCUUGACCAAGAAGAAGUGCACAAGCUGUUAGUAGCAUCCCAGGAACAAAUCGAACAAUCGAAGGCGAAGGACGAGGAACUUGACGUCCUCAAAGAGCAAUUCGGCCAUCUCAUUCAAGAAAGAGACAGCUUGCUUGAUGACAUGGACCAAAGGAAGGCGGACCUGCUGGAGACCCAGCUGCUUGUCGAACAGCUGGAGCAGCGGGAGCAGAUGCUCGAGGCCCAGAACGAAAUGCUACAGAUGGAGAAAGACAGCCUCCAGCAGAGGAUGAUGGAGAUGGACGAGACGAUCGAGCUGCUAGAAGGCUCAAACCGAGUCAGAAUGGGAGAUAGCCAUGGCCAGCGCUCUGCCGGCAGCGAGUUCAGCAGGAGGCUGGCGCAGUCGGACAUGCUGGUGUCCCACGCGCGGCACGAGCGCUCCCGUAAUAACCACGCAGCGGCCGCGGGGAGCUCGCGGCCGCGGCACGGCAGGCACCAUUGA